AUGUCUUACCAACUUGCUGACAGCACAAGGGGGUCGUAUUCUCAGAUUGAUAAAUGGAAGAAGAAUAAUUCAAAGAAAAACCAUCUUGCUUUGCUUGAUGACAUGGGUUAUGACAAGCCAACUUAUGGAGGAGUGAAGUUGCAACCGUUACAUAAGAACGCCAUUGUUCCUUAUGGAGACACAGGAGAAGUUUAUGGCAACAAUGAAUUAACUCUUUUUAAGAUAAAAUAGUAUCGAAGACCUUGUUAUAGACUAUGAACAAGCACUAGCUAUUAAGAGAGGAGAUCUGGCCAUUAUUCAGGGAGAUGUGUUCAGGUGUAGGGCAGCAGCACCACAUUUAAGCGAGCAACCAUUGGUCUUAAAAAGACUGGAUUGCAUUGAUAGAAGGAUUUAUGACUUGAAGGUCUAUGAGUUUGACCAUUUUAUGCGAUUCCGAAAUCAUCCUAAUAUAACUACUCUGUAUACUUACUGGGGAGAGAAGUCCCAAAACCCUUACUGAUACAAAAGUUUGGUCGCUAUUUUCGAAGAAGGAGUUUUUGGAGAUAUGCUUCGAUGAGUAGUGCUUAAUGAUGAGAGACCUAGCUACAAAAUGAUACUUAAAUACCUUUGAGAUAUCUGCAAGGCACUGUCUUUACUUCAUAACAACAAUAUUAUUCAUGGUAGUGUCAAGCCAAGCUCUAUUUAUAUUAAUGAUCAAAAUGUUGCUCUUCUGGGUGAGAUGGCUAAGGUUGAGUUAGACUCAGCAAGGCAUACUCAUCAGUUAUUUUCAAAAAUUCUUAUUGGAGAGUCAAUGCCUCAUACAUUGAUAUAUUGGGCUCCAGAAGUCCUCAAACUUGAGAAAUACAGCACAUCUGCUGAUAUGUGGGCUCUAGGUGUUACAAUGUAUCAGAUUGCUACAGGAGAGCAUCCCUUUACUGUUUCUAAUGAGGAUGAGUUUAGAGAUGAUCUUUUAACAGCUAAUUAUGACUCUUCAAGGCUCGAGAAUUAUCCAAGAUUAGAGAUAAUCAUUGAAAAUUUUUUAAAAGUUGAUGCUGAAGAGAGAUGGGACGCAAAUAUGGCUCUUGCUUUUGCACAAGAGGAAUUUGUCAUUGAAAUCCAAAGAAUAUGGAGAGGAUACAAAGGUAGACUAGAAUUCAUGCGCCGCUGAAGAGCUCUUAUCCUCAUUCAGGCAAGAGCUAAAGGAAUGAUCACCAGAAUUAGGUAUAGGAACAGAAAGAAGCAGACUGAGGAGGAAGCUAUUGUUAAGAUUCAAAGUAUUUUCAAAGGACUUAAACAAAGAAAGUUAUUCCUCAAGAAGAGAAAUGCAAUCUUGAAAAUACAGGGAACUGUACUCUCUAUCCAGUUUACCAAUGCUUUCCAGAACACUCGUGAACAAGUCAUGAAAUGCCAAAUGCUAAUCAAGAGAAACCUCGCUAUGAAAAAGUUUUACGAGGAACGAAACAAGAGGAAGAAAUUAGACGAGAACCUAGCCCAGAUAAACAGUCUGAUCAAGCUCCACAACAUCGAAGCUAGCAGCUUCAAGUAUGAAGAAUCUGACUCACGCAGAUCCUUUAAGGACUACGAAUUGGAUGAGGUCAAAAAGAGGGAGAAAGACGAAGCGUUUAUAGGUAAUAUCCAAGAGGAGCUCCGAAGACUCCUUGACGAGAAUAAGAAGCUGCAUCAACAGUUGCAAAGCAGAGAGAACGAAGAGUUUGGCGAGGAGACCAAGAUUGGCCAUUUGAAGGAAAUUGAGAAAAAUCUUGGCUCGAAUUCAUACCAAUUGGAUGGUAUGCUUGACGAGUUGAGCCGGAAUGUAAAAAGAAUGGCUAUUGAUACAAAGAAUUCCAGGAAAUUGCCAAUAAAAAUUCAGCAUCCUUAUCAAUACUCCAGAUGGGAUUCUAUAAAUGAUCCUUAUAAUGUGGUUGAGAAUGUAUUGAAAGAUGAUGAUACCUUAUACAAAGCUUUGACACCAGAUAUAGAUCUCACGCUGAAUCAUGGUAGGAAAUGAUUCGUUUCUGAGAUCUUGAUUCAUGGAGGAGAUGGAGGUCCUGCUAAUGUUGAAAUAUAUACCUCUCAAUUUCCGAAUACAUGGGAUUUUCUAGAAGCUUUUGAGUGAUCAGAUGAUGAAAUUCAGCGAUUAACCCUACCAGGAGAGAAUAUAGUAAAAUACCUGAAAAUUAGAUGCCUCAGGAGUAAUCAAGGAGGAAAAAUAGUCCGUAUUAGGCAUAUUGAAGUCAAUGGGAUUUCUAAAGAAUAA